UCUGACUAUAUUUCAAUUUAGUCGCACUUCAUGAAACAUGAAUUUACUGCUGUACGUGUUGUAGAAUAAAGCCAAUCUACCAAUCUUAUUUAUUUCACACCAUAUCAAAAUCCAAGAUAUAACUGUUUUUCUCAUAGAUGGUGUGACUAAAAGUUUUGAGUCUUUCUUAAAUGCCGUUUUAUUUUCUAAUUCUACUACAAGCAUCGAAACCCCUUGCCCUCUAAGAGGUACCAUGACAUCAAAACUUGCAGAUAUAGCUGAUUGGUCUUACCAAGGUGUAAACCAUAGUAUCAAAGGCAAUGGUGGACCAGAUUGUGUCAAUUAUCUUUCACUACAAAGGCGAAUCAUCGAAACAUUUAUUGCAUGCAGCAUUGGAGUUUAUUCUCUAUAUUUUGGUUUAAAAAGAUGUACUAUUCCUCCAGUUCCUAAAGUAAUAAGAGAAGAUAGAGGCGGGAAAAGAUUACUUCUGGUACUAAUGUGUUUAGUAUUUGGAAUAGAAAUAGGUUUCAAGUUUUCAUCAAGAACUGUGAUAUAUAUACUUAAUCCUUGUCACGUUAUCACAACAAUACAAAUUUUCCUCCUUGCUGCUCCUCCAACUUCUAAGACUGUAACAGCUCUUUUUCGGAUUCACAUGCAUUGUUUGUAUGGCGCAAUAUUGGCUAUAUUGUUUCCUGUUUUGAAUACGAGGAAGCGUACUCUAGAAUUAGAAGUCUAUUGGAUUCAGCACUUCCUGAUUUUAAUAACCCCUUUUUAUUUACUUAGAACUGGAGUUGGAGGCAUUUACACAGUUGAACCUUUAACAGAUAUGAGCUGGGCAAUGCUGACUCAAGGGCUCAUAUUUUUGUACCACUUUAUUGUAUUGCAAGGCUUAGGAAUGCUCACUCAAGUCAACUUGAACAAUAUUAUAUGCCCGGCAGUUUCUGAUCCUUUCUCUGGUCCAAAUUAUCGCCUUUGGGCCAUGCUUCACCAAGCUGCUUUGAUUCUUCUUCUCGGAAAAGUAUAUACUAAAGUUAGUCUUAUUGUCUUACAAGCCUUAGGAACUAUAGAAUGGACUGGAGAAAAAUAUGUAGCUAUGGCAGCUCUACGAGUACAGCAGUUGUGUAGCAUGUGCAAAGCUCAAAUGGCACGCAAAGCAAUAAAAAAUGACGAUGAUACUCACACUGAUUAGAUAAUUAAUGAAAUAGCAUUACUCAUAUUUUCUUAUAGGUAGCUCACUGCCAAAGAUUUUUUUUUAAUUUACGAGAAAGAGUCACGUUUUUUAUAUUUGGUUUAUCAUCCGGUAGGUUUGUACUGGCACGUGUUAUCUUAAGAAAACAUUUAAUGUUGUUGUUAUAAUUUUAUUGUGAAAUUAUUGUUUAAAGUGUCCAGUUUAAUCGUGACCCAAAGUUAUUUCCUAAUCCGUUAGAGAUAAUCAUGUAUUUACAGUUGGAAAAAUGUUUGAAUGUUAAAUGAAAUGUUUAAUGAAACUAAAAAUCAUGUUGUAUGUUGUGUUGAGUCAGUAAAUGUAAAGAUUUGAAUUCAGUUCUGGAAAGACCACAGAAUUUAAAUCAUUGUACAGUGCCUUAAUUCUAAUAGUAAACAAAUCUGGAUAACCAACACAUACAUUAAACAUUUUUUUCAAAGUUUUAAGACUAAAGCUGACAGGACAAUAGCUAUUUAAAAUAACUGCAGAGCAUAUACAAAUUUAUUUGGAGGGGGGAUGAUCAGCCUUUUAAAAAAUGUUUAAAAAAAUCUUUUUUAUAUGUUUAAAUGUUAAAAUAAGAGCAUAAAAUAGGUAUUCAUCUUGUAUACAAAAAAUAAUAGAAAAAUAACACAGCUUGUGUUAUGACACAAAUUUUCCUUGCACAUAUAUAGUAUUGUUGUGUAACUGAUUUACAGGCCAUUUAAAGAAGUUUGUCAAAUCUACUGUACUCUUUGCGUUUCUUUUUUAAACCUAAUUUUUUAAAUAACCUUAGAGAAAGUAAUCUAAUAGACAUAAAUUGAACGACCUCGGAUGCACUCACAUAGUAUGUAUCUAACAAUGUUAUUUCAUAAAAGUUGUGGUUUAAAAGAUUGGGAACUGGAACUCCCUCAUAUUGAAACCACAUUUUUCACAAAUUCGAAGCUCUUCCUAUUGGUCAUAUAAUGAUUCUAAUAAAAUUUUACUGAUUAAUGCAUUUUUUUUAUUUGUUGUGAGGAGUUCAUAGCCUUCAAAAGUGAUUAUUAUUAUUAUUUUGACUCGCAAAGAUUUUCAAAGUAUAAAGCAAGUUCCUUCCUUAUAUAUGCAAUAUUUUUACGUCUUAAUUCUAGUAGUUUGAAUCGAAUAUACUUAAUAUAUUUGAUAAAUUAUUAAGUACUAUAUUUGAUCUUAAUAUAUCUGGUGCCUUGAAAUAACUAAACUUUAAGCAUACUUGCCUAAAACUAAGUGACAAGUAUAGUCAAUGAGAAUUCUAAGAUAUUUUUAUUCUUAAUACUAUUCCGCAGUGAUAAGAAGCUUCCAUAAAACUAAGUGGGGUCUCACUUCUGUUGGGAUUGUAACUGUGUGAGAUGAGUCACCUCCACCCAAAUGAUGGGUCGUACCUCUUAAAUGAGUUGUGGACGCAUUUGUCAUAUUGUAAUUGAGGGGGGAGUGGGCUAUUUUUUCAAUCACCAUAGUGCCUGUUUUAAUUGUCAUGCCAGUCCAAUAAUUUAGGGCACCUUAUGCCCUGAAAAAAGGUAGACGAUAGCUCUUUUGUGAUUAUCCUUAAAGUUUAAUAUCACAUUUGCGUAUUUUCAAUUUGGUUUUAAGGAUUACUGAUAAAUGUAGCAAAACUUUACAAUAUCAUUUUAUUAUAAUGAAACAAAAUAAUGCGGAGAUGUCCAAGAGUUGUGCUGUAAAAGGUUAAUAAAAUGCCUGAAGAACAAGACAUAUAUCCUUUUGAAGCAAAUAAUUUAAUAUUAAAUGUCUUUCCGAAAUAAUAGUAAUGCUUCCUCAUAUGAAGUAAUCGAAGACGAUCUAAACUUAAUGGCACAUUAAAGCAUAAUUUCUAUUUGCCUAUGAUCCUUCAAGAGUAUUCUUUUAACUGUGGAUAGCAACUGAAAUUCCUGUAAAAUAGCAUUAUUCAAAGUUUCACAGUUCUGAUUUAAUUGCAUAAAAGAAACUUUUUUUGUUUAAAAUGUUAUAAGGGUCAAGAAUAUUUUACUUAUUAUGACUAAUAAAACCAGGGGACUCUAUAAUAAUUUUUUAUUUCGUAAAUUUGUCAGCAUUACUUUUAUUGUAAAAUAUAAUAUUGUAUUACAUUUAAAGCAUUUUUUCCAUUUAGACAUGUCUUACCAAUGUUUUGGAAAGAAGCUAUUGGGUCACAAUUAGAAUGGCCGCCCUUUAUAAAGACCUCUAUUCAGAAACAUUCCUACCAUUAUUUAAAUAGGCGAAAUAUAUAUCUAUGUAUAUAUAUUUGCUGUAUAUCUUAAAUGUAUAUUAGAAAAAUGAUCUAGUCUGAAAAGUUUUAAAAUGUAGAAUGUUUUGAUUUAGAAUAUUUCAUUCUCAUUUUAGAAUACUUUAUCUAAAAUUAGAUAGGUUUGCAUGCUCAUGUACUUAUGUAAAAAAAUAAUAAAUGGAAGACAUAUUUUUAAAUCGUAAAUGAUUAUUUGUGUAUAAUUAAUUCAUUUAUAUUGUUUUGUAAUUUAAAUAGAAUGCAUUAACAUUUUCUUCAUGAUCAUUAUUUCCAAAGGAAUGUUGUAACAUUUCAUUUUAUUUAGAAUAUUGUAUCUCUCAAUUAGAAUUCAAUUUUAGAAAGAAUACUGAUGGAGAUGUUUUUUUCAUGUGAUAAAGUGUUUUCGAAGUACUUAACCAUUUUUUUAUUUUGUUGUAUCGUAUAUAUCUAAUUUUAACAUUAGUAUUUGUGAAAUAGUUCAAAUUUUGGUAUUAUUUCUUUUAUAGUAUUAUGAGGAAGAGCAAUACAGUUGUGAUACUUUAGAUUUAAAAAAAAAAAACUAUUAAGAUUAUUGUUUGAUUUGCUAUGUCUUUGUUGAAAAUUUGAAAUAUUUUAAAUUUAGUUAUUUGAAUGAAUGAAAAGAAAAUUAAUAUAUUUUUGUUUGUUAUUUCUGUGUUAGAAAAUCUCUGUGUGAAAAAAGUUAUUGUGUACUCUUUCCUACCAUAAAUAUUAUGUAAUUUAUUUCAUUAACAUUUUGAGUGCAAAAUGUGUAUAUAUUCCGUAAAUUACUUUAUUAUUAUAUUACUAGAAUAUUUUUGAAAAACAACAAUAUUUAAAUUUGUUGAACAUCUACAUUAUCGAAAAUAAUCUAUUUUUCUCUGUGAUACAAUGUGAAAAAUGACUGUUUAUGGAGGGAGAAAAUGCUUUCCUUAUAAAACUAAUAAUUUUUGACAAUCUGUUGAACAAAAUACUUUGUAGCGCCUUAGAUAUUCACUUUGUAAACUCAGGGUUGAGCUGUUUUGAUGAUGUUCCCUUAUGAACUUGCCUUAGAUAUUCCUUUUGAGUAUAAUUUUAGAGAACUUUAUUUUCUACAUAUUCUCUUGAAUAUGUAGAAUUUGAACACGAUGCGAUGCAUUUUUUUAUGAUCUCUGUUAAAAACACUUAAAUGUAUGGAAACAUUUAAGCCCGUUGUCUUUGUCAGUCCAAAAAUCAUUUUACAUCCUGUUUGCAGGAAGUAUUGCGUGCCUUCUACUGUUUUUGGCAAUAGAAUGAUGUCAAAAAAAAAAAAAAAUAAUAAUAAUAAUAAACAAAUAAAUAAAUAAGGGAGAACAAGUUCUCAGAAAAUGGGAAAGAUAUACUCGCCUAUUAUAAUAUUAUCUAAUAAUUAGGUAAUAUUUAAGAUAAUUUUAAUAUUAAAAAUAAUGCCUGUUUUCCAGUUGAGUGAUCUUAAUUUUUUGUGGAUUUUCAUUCAUAUUGUGCAUUUGUAAUAUCAGCAUUUUAAAACCCCAUUUAUUCAAAGUUCUUUGUGCAUACUUUCAUGUAUUUUAGCCCCUUUCUUAUUUCAUCAUUUAUGUGGAAAUUUUCCAUUUAUAGCAUUCUUUUCCUUCUAAAAUGUUUGCAUUCAGUUACAUUGUAACAGUGCCGUAAGAAAUUUAUCAGAAGAAUUUAUGCUGUCUUUACAUGAAAAAAUUUUGGUUUUUUUUUCUAAUAAAUUAUUCCUGUUGUAUUUUUUAGAUACAAGCAGUUUGAAAGUAACCGAGUCUAAAGUUUGGUUUUAAAAAAGUUAUAAAUCUUGGGAAUAUUUAAUAUGGUAUAAAGCCUGUUGCAUUUUUGUAUUUUCAUUAAUAGAAUAUUUUUCGGAUUUUUAAAAAUUUCAUUGAAGACUAAAAUAUUAUUCAAUGAAGUAUGCAUAUUCUGUUGUAUUUCAUUCUAAAAUGAUUUACUGUUCAUUGAAUUAUGUUCUUAGUCAUUCCAUUUAUUCAUCUUUACAUGACUACUCCGAUUCUGAUUGUUUUUAGUUACGCUUCAUUGGUGUGAGUAGUCAGUUUAAUCCUUCUGUAUCUUUCAUGAAUAGAUUCCCAAUUAGCAAAUAUUGUGAACAGUUAAACUUUUGAAUUGAGAAAUCUAAUCGGAAAUUAUUCCUGUACAUAAAAAUAUAUUGUAUAUUAUAAAGAAAAGAAUAUAUAGUACUAGAAAAUUUUUGCUUAAAAGUAAUUAAAUGUAUUUUGAGAGAGUUUAGAUAUUUUAAGAUAGUCUCUUUAUUCUCCUUAUUAUAAUAUAUUUUGUUUUAAAUUUUGUGGUAAUAUUUUCUGAAAUUAUUUAAUUUUGUUUUUUAUUGCACCUUUUCUGUAUAUUCAUACUCUUAAUUUUAUAAAACUGUUUGUGUUUUGUAAAAUGUUUAGAAGGUAUUUAAGUAAAAAUCCUAACUUUUCUGCUAUUUUGUAUAUCUCAUUGGAGUAUCUUUAACUUCUAUUUAAGGUAGUCUAUAGAGUAUUUGGUAAAUUAUAGAAAUAAUUAAUUCUUCGAAUUGACUCAAAAUAUUCAGUAAAGUAAUAAUGUAUAGCUAGUAAAUAUUUAAAAAAUAUAAUAAAUAUUUAUGUAAUGUAGCUUUUAAAUUACUAACUAGCACAUUUAAAGGUAUUUCAUUUGCCUUUAAACCUUUGCUGUUGCAAAUUAUAUAUAGCUAUAUGUAAAUGUCACAUUUGAAAUGAAUAUUAAGGUAGCACUUAUUUGUCCUCUGAGUUCGUAUUUGUUGAAGUCAUUUUCUGACUUUUACAUCCUAAUUUUUUAUCUUUCACUUGACAAUAAGUAACUAUUUCUUCAUAAGUUUACAUUACUGAUAUCGCUAUAUUUUGAUAUUCAAUAAUUGAUAAAUACAGUUUCGUAAAGUUAUUUUACGCUGUGAAUGUUCGUAUAAAUUAUUCCUAGCAAGUUACUGCAUUAAUUUAUGUUUUAGUAGUUGAGAUUUUUUUUUAAUUAUCGUAAAAAUUUGGAAUUUAUAUAUUUUUUUAAACAGCAUCACAGCAUUUAAAUAAAAUUGGGCGCACAAAUAUUGCACUUUGUUGUUUGUUGCUGAUAUACAAUGCUUGAAAGAUUUCCAUAUUAGAUUUAGCGAAUUAAAUGCUAAAUUUUAAAUUCAAAUAUUUGUAUCUAUUGUGCAUUAAGAUAAUUUUUAAAUAAACUGUCUUUUGUAUUUCAUCAAAUUUUCAUCAAAGAAUUUUCAAUUUUUGCCUGUUACAUAUAUAUAUGUCAAAUCGUAUUAAUAAAUUCUUCAGAGGAAAUGGUAAAUUUAUUUAUCUUGUUGUGAUGUAAAUUUUAUGUGUAAGUCAUCAUGGAUCAGUGAGGGAAGAUUUCUUAUAUUUUGUGGAAUAUCAUAUAAAAUGGUUGCACUAUGAAUUAAUCCGUUAAAAUGAAUUAUUUGUUCAAAAAUGUGAUUGUGUUUCUAAAUUUCAUUUUUCAACUAAUAAGUGUAAUUAAAAUCAUACAUACUUAAAAACAUCAAUAUAUCAUCCAUUUUACGUAAAGUGUAAUCUGUAUAAUUUCUUUAGCUUUUGUAAGAUAAUCGGAAAUUAACCCUGUGUCAGCCAACUGUCAUGUGAAAUAGAGGUGUGAUUGUGCAAAGUGACUCCACUCAAUUUUAAAACAUAUGCACUAUUUAUAGGGCCAAGGAAAAACUCCCACUCUAGACCAUCUGAGUUUGACACCGGGACACCAUCCGGUGUGUGCAAGCAGCAGAACACCCAAUCAUAAUUUCACCCAUUUAGGUCCACUCUACCAGAAGACUGCUCAUUCCACCUUUUUCUAUUUGAAAUGCGACAUAGUAUUGCUUUUACAAAUUCAUUAUAGCAUAAUUAUACAAUUGCAUUAUGAAUACAAAUUCAUUAUGGCAUUAUUUCAUUAAUGCAAUUAAAAUUAAUGUCAACACCAACUUGAGUAUUUGGAGGAACGCUUCGGCUGUAAAACUUCACUAGAGACCUGCUUAAAAGGGGAAAGGUAAAUAAUGCCCUAAAGAUCUCCACCAGUCAUUAAAUAAGAUAUUUUUUCCUAAUUGUGUCCCAUAAAGAACAAGUCUAUAGAGUUAAGUCAAGUGAUUCCUCAUAACCUCCACAGGCACGCGUUGGGUUCAUUUGAAACAGUCGUGCUUAGGAUAAGCCAGAGAUGCCGCGCCCAGUAAUGAUUUGCUUGAGGAAGCAAACAACUUUUAACCUCUUUGGUGUAACAUCUUUGAGAAACACCGAUGGAACUCCUUUUUAGCGGCAUCCCAUUUUUUCUGCCAUAUGGAUAGCAUUUUUGAUCUUGUAUUAUUUCUAAAUUGAACAAUUAACUCGGUGAAUUCCACAUUAAUACUUUCUCUAUUUGUUGUCAUUUUGACUAGCGUUUUUUUACUAGAAGAUAACAGAAACUUCAUUUUUUUUUUGUCUUAUUAAUUAUCAAUUAUUGCAGAGCUCUUAGAAAAAGCUUCUUAUAUAGUAAUGAAAAGUUGCAAAAAAUGGGAAACAACACAUUUGGAUUGUAUAAAUUUUUGCGCCUUUUUCCUUCGUAUUUGCUUAGUUAUUUCUGGUUAUGUUCACGGUCGACUUUUGGCGGCAAGUAAGUAUGCUGCAGCGUUACACGCCUUCAUAGCGAGAGGAAAUGAAUGUAAUACUUGUAAAUGUAAAUGAAGGAAAAAUAAGGCAGGCAAGGUAGAUAUUUAAGUUUCCGGAAAUGCAACAUCCUAAAACGCUCGACUCUGUCGUCAUAACAUACGAGAAGCUCCCUCCCCUCACAAAAUAAAGCGUAUACCUCAACUGUUCAGAUAAAUUUAUUAACCGUGGCUGAUAUCAAUAACCAUCAUAUAUAUCUCGAAAAUUCUUUGUCGUAUUGGAGAGAAUGGAUGAGAGAUGAAAUAUCUUUAGAGUGGAGAUCAAAGAGGGCGCCAAUUGACUAUUAUACAAACUGAGAGGAUUUUCACACUUGAACAAAGAGGGCCAGCUUCAAAACCACCUGGGAAACUAGCUCAGUUUUCUCAAACGCAGUGUAAACCAAUUACAAGUUCACCAGUUGUAACUAAUCAAAUUCAUUUAGACUGAUUUAAUGUUUCUGAUACACAAUGUGGCUUUCUCUC